CCGAAACCCACAACAAAAGCAUCGCCAAGGUACGUAGAACGUAGCCAUGGUGUCGUCCGGAACUGGAAGCAUUGCCAAGAGGUGGCGCGAGCUCCAGGGCGAGAAGUCGUGGAAGGGCCUCCUGGAGCCGCUGGACAUGGACCUCCGCAAGUCCAUCAUCUCCUACGGCGAGCUCGUGGCGGCCACCGGCGACGGCUUCAACAACGAGCCGCACUCGCCGCACGUUGGCCUCUGCAAGUACGGCCACGACGACCUGCUGACCAAGUCGGGAGUGGCCGCCGCCAGCCACUACAAGGUGACCAAGUUCGUGUACGCGUGGGAGGAUUCGAAGCUCACUUGGAUAGGGUACGUCGCGGUGGCCACGGACGGCGAGGGCGUGGCAGCUCUAGGGAGGCGCGACAUCGUCGUGGCGUGGCGCGGGUCGAUGACAGGCGCGGAAUGGUGGAAGGACGUCGAGGUUCUGCCGACGUGUCCCUGGCCGGCGCUGGGCCUGGAGGACCACUCCGUCGGGCACGGGCACCCGUGCGCCCGCGUGCACAGUGGCUUCCUGUCCUUGUACACGGAGCCACCCAAGCCGCCCAAAGACACCAACUCCGACAUGGCGUUCUUUGUCAACGGCAGCGCCAGAGACCAGGUUCUGGCGGAGGUGAGGAGGCUGAUGGAGCUCCACAGGGACGAAGACACCAGCAUCACCGUCGUCGGCCACAGCCUCGGAUCGGCGCUGGCCAUCCUGAACGCCAUCGACCUCGUCGGCAACGGCGUGAACUCCUCCGGCCUCCUCGGCGGGCGGCCUCCGUGCCCGGUGACGGCCAUCGUGUUCGCGUGCCCACACGUCGGGAACGACAGUUUCAGAGACGCCUUCACCUCGUUCAAGUACCUCAAGGUCCUCCACGUCAAGAACCAGCAAGAUUGGGUGCCGUUUCUCAUGGGCUGGCUACAUGACCUGGGCGUCACACUGCACAUCGACACGGCCCUGUCGCACUACCUCAAGAAGCCCAACCUUGUCACGGCCCACAGCCUUGAGAGCUACAUGCACGCCGUCGCCGGCGAGGUGGGAAGCGACGGCAAGUUCAGGCUGCUGGUGGACCGCGACGUGGCGCUGGUGAACAAGAGCGCCGACGCGCUCAAGGACGAGUACCAUGUGCCGGCGAGCUGGUGGGUGCCGCACAACAAGAACAUGGUCAAGAACGAUCAAGGCAAGUGGGAGCUCAAGGAUUUUGAGCAAUUCUGACCUGAACUAUAAGGCGUUUUAAUAAUAAUAAUAAUAAUAAUAAUAAU